UACGAAUACAACACAUUUUCUUUAUGUACAAUUGUUUCGAGCAAAACAGUUUUUAUUUUUAUGUAUCUUUGCUAAAACCUCUGUUUUAGCUAUGAAAUAAUAUUGUGUCCGGGUAGUGCCAUCAUGAUCUCAGAUAGUGAAGUUUUUUUAUUAUGAUAAAAGUUAUGAUGAGUGAAAGAUAAAUAAAAUGGUGACCUGUGAAUUGGACAAAGAAGUUUCGGGAGAGUUGCUCGGGUUGAAGUUGCCGGCAUGGCAAGCACUUCUGCUGCAUCGAGUGCUGCCCUCCUGCGGCGGCCUCAUCAUCUACAUAGUCCUAAUUUGUUAUGAUUUUACAAUCAUAGUCGAACAUUUUUUAAAUGGAAGUGAAGGAAUGGGAGUAUUUUGCACAAUUCUCAUAGGACUACCAUCACUGAUUUCACUUGUGUUCACGUUGGCGUCACCUCCGCCUGGUUUCCGGCCUGAUCUGACAGCAUAUUCGGUGACUAUAGAGAAGAGCGACAUAAAAUGGCUGCUCUUACAGAUUGUUAACGCAAUCUUCUUUCCCAUUGCUGCAAUUGGAAGAUACUGCUACCUAAUUUUCUGGUGGGUGGAAGCCGUCAGUGCAUCUCGCAGCGAUGACGAGGAACGAACAAAAGAAGCCAUUCGAAUAGCUCGCGCCCCCUCUCCCGUAGAGCUGUAUCUGUUCUUGCAAUCCUUCCUCCACGCUGCUCCACAUGCUAUCAUCAACAUCCUUGAUUUGAUGGUUCGAUGGUCUGACAUGACUUACGAUAAAGUUUCAGUUCAAGCUAUUAGCAUUGUUGCAUCCACUCUCCGCAUGGCUAGUACGGUCACGAUGUACAGAAGAUUUGAAAGAGAAAAGAUAUGUGGACGCAAGUAUCCAUGGGGGACGGAGUUUUCGGAUCCUUUAUUGGAUAAAGACGACAAUGACAACGAUAAAGACCAACCUGAUGACGCAGAAGCGAACAAAACGACAUCAGUAGACGAAGAAACGAUUUACGAAUCGAUCAGGAAAAAGGACUCAAUAAUUUCAGACAAUUCAAACAACACUAAAUUCCGAAAUACGACUAGUGAUUUAAUAAAGUUCUCUCCAAGAAAUACUGUUGAAAUGUCUUCUGCGUUCUUCGACAACGAAGAACUUACAGAUUCAGAUACAAGCUCAGACUAUUUACCGCCUAAAAGAGAUAUUUCAGGAUCACAAGAAUUAAAUAGUGACGACGAAUACAUAAGGCCAAUAACAAUAAUUGAUAGGGUUGCGCCAUUAAGACGAAAUACAGAUUACACUAUAGAGAAAGUAGAAAUAAUCCCGCCGCCCGUAAUGUUAGCUCCGAGACCGAUGUCAUUUGCCUUGUGGGCAGAGAAAAUGGUGGAAAAUGCGGAAUCUAUUCCUACCUGGCUAUCAGCACCACCAAGAAGGAAAUACUGUGAUGAAGUAGUCCGAGACGAGCCGGACAUCCCACGACGUGUACCAAGAUCCUUCAUACGAGGUCUUGAACCUCAAGACGCCACAGCAGCAAUAGUGCACUUCUUGGGAUGGUACUCGUUUUUUGUAGCCCGUCUGCUCUCUAUAGCAUGUUUCAUCAAUUUCUUUCCAUUUCUUGCCAUCAUAAUCUUGUUUUCGCACUACCAGGUGAUGUUAUUGUUCCUGAUAGUGCCACAAGCGAGUACCGUGAGGAGAGCGUUCUACAUAUUCCUUGCGUUCAUAUACUUAUUCUGCUUGAUGGAGUUUAAGAUACGUUUCCGGCACGUGCGUGUGUGGCAUGUGUUCUGGGUUAUAGUGUGUACUAUAGAGACCGUUGUGUUCACUGGCCUCUGGAUUUCCAUAGACAAUACUGUGCACGAAUGGUGGAGAUAUUUUAUAGUCCAAGUGAUUGUAGUCAGUCUUAUGUUAAGCUACAUCUGUUUCCUUUUUUAUUUCGUAGUAUUACAGCCAAGAGAGACGAUUGUUUAUUUAAAAAAUAAUAAAAAUGAUGAGAAAAGUUAGUAAGCGUAUAAUUCAUUUCGAUUACUGGAAAUCAUCGAUAUAAGUAUCGAUACCCAAUACUCUGUAAUUGAUGCAACAGGAUAUAAUGAGCCACAUUGGAGCCAGCCGGUCACAUCCGUAUUCGUUCCGUUUACAUAAACAGUUAUUUUUUUGAGAAAUGAGUAUGAUUAUUGCUCUUUGUUUUUUUAAUUGUUCCUCUUCGUUGUACUAUUCUACAUAAUGGUUAUAAUUAAGCACUUAUAUAUUCCUUUCACACUAAAAACCAUGAACUAAUUCUCUAUGCUAAAGUAAAGAAUGAAAUCAUGAAAUCAGUCAUGCUUUUACGAAUAUUAAUUAUAAUUCUUCAUUUAUAAUUUAGUUAUUCAUAUUUGUCUACUUCUCGGAGG